CUCAUCGAAGCCCUGAGGGGAACGAUGGAUUUUACUCACAAGCGAGUCUAUCAGAUUCUAUCGGCCAUUCUUGGACCUCUGGAAAGAGAAUCAGAAGACGAAAACGAGGAAGAAGAUGAAACGUAACAGUGGACUAUUGACACGCAUCUAUUAAAGUUAAUUAAAAUCAAUCUUGACCGUGAAAAAAGUAUCUAUAUAUACGCUAUUUUACGUUUCAUCGAGUUGUAAUUGGUAGUGUUCGCGAAAAUUAUCAUGAAAUCAUCUGCGUUUAAUAGAUCACGAUCAGAAAAUGAUUUUUCUGCCGUCAAAUUGCAUGAACUUGAUGAUUUAUUAAAUGGGAAGCGAAUGAAAUUGUCGAAGACGUCAUUUCAACUAAACGACGUUGAAGAUUGUUUAAAAUCUAACGAGAAUGAAUCGGAAGAAGAGAGGAUGAAUUAUUUUCCGAAUUGUGAUUCGUCCGUAUGGAUGAGAUCUUGCAAAAGUGAAGUGAUAGAACCGAUUUCUGGUAAGAUAAUAGGAAAAAUACCACAUUGGUUGAAAGGAACUUUACUAAGAAAUGGACCAGGUAGCUUACAAGUCGGAGAAUACAGUUUCAACCACCUGUUCGAUAGUUCAGCUUUAUUGCAUCGAUUUGCAAUCGCUAACGGAGAAGUGACCUAUCAAUGCAGAUUUGUUCAGACGGACGUAUACAAAAAGAACAAUGCAGCUCAAAGGAUAGUAGUUACUGAAUUUGGCACCAAAGCAGUACCAGACCCUUGCAGAAAUAUUUUUCAAAGAGUUGCAGCUGUAUUCAAACCCGAGAAUGACUCUGACAAUUCUAUGAUAUCCGUAUAUCCCUUUUGCGAUGAGUAUUACACGUUUGCGGAAUCGGCAAUAAUUCAUCGUAUCGAUCCGAAAACUUUGGAAACUACAGGCAAGGUGAAUGUGUCUGAUUACGUUGGAAUUGUGAACCACACGUCUCAUCCUCACGUAAUGAACGAUGGUACCGUUUAUAAUUUAGGAUUGAGCGUGACACCACGAGGACCGCAAUACAAUAUCAUAUGCUUUUCGCCCAAUCAAAUUAUCAUUGAUGACUCAGGUGAAGAGAAAGAAUUAUCCAUGUUUGAUCAAGCUACUAUCAUUGCCAGUGUUCCGUCACGAUGGUUAUUGAAUCCUUCUUAUAUGCAUACCUUUGGCAUCACUGAAAAUUAUUUCAUCAUCGUAGAACAACCAUUGUCGGUAUCUCUGACCACUGUAGUGUCUUGCAAAAUGAAACAACAACCGAUGUGUGCAGCUUUAAAGUGGUAUGAGAACGAAAAUACUCUUAUACACUUGAUUUCGAGAGAGACAGGAUUAUUAGAGAGAACGUUUAUUUCAGAGGCAUUUUUUUACCUUCAUAUCAUAAAUCAAUUUGAAACACGUGAUCGUGAUUACGUGGUACUAGAUAUUUGCUGCUAUCGCGAUGCAAAAAUGUUAGACUGCCUAUUCGUAGAUGCGAUGAAGAAUUUGCAUAAGAAUCCUGAUUAUGCUAAAAUGUUUCGUGGCAGGCCUUUGCGAUUCAUUUUACCAAUGAAACGUCCACAGCCAGACAUACCAUUGGAAUAUAAUUUGAUUACCGCAAAAACAGUGAACCAAGGUCUGGAGUCAUUCCAAAAUGACUCUGUCACGUGUCAGAAUAAAUCUGGGUCAGAGUUCGUUAAAGCAUCGAUAAAUGAUACUAACAAAGACAAGAAGAAUGAUUAUCAGAAUGUUCUGAGGCGAAGAGCAACUGCUCAUAAACUUGCGAAUGGUGAUAUUUUUGUGAAACCAGAACUUCUUUGCGAUUUGGGCUGUGAAACGCCACGUCUCAACUAUGACUCCUAUCUUGGAAGGGAAUAUCGAUAUUUUUAUGCUAUUUCUAGUGACGUGGAUUUAGAAAAUCCUGGAACGAUUAUAAAAGUGGACAUCUUGGAGAAAACGAGAAAAACUUGGUGCGAGAAAAAUAUUUAUCCGAGUGAACCGGUUUUCGUACCGGAUCCUAAUGGCAAGAACGAAGACGACGGCGUGGUUCUCUGCUCUAUUGUUUGGUCUGAUAAAGAGACACGCGUUGGAUUGCUGAUUCUAGACAGCGUGACUCUUACGGAAAUCGCUAGAGCCAUCUUCGAGACUUCUGGCCCGGUGCCAAAGUGCUUACAUGGCUGGUUUACCUUGGACAAGUAAAAUAAACUGGGACUUCUAAGAGACGGAUAUCGGAUCUUUGGUUCAUCGAUGGAAAUGAAAUAUUGAUCUGGAUGUUAUGCGAUAUGUAUUAUAUCAAAUUGUCGAUAUAUUUUUAUCAUAUAAUAUCUAUAUUUUUCAGUUCCAUUUUGUUGGCUUGAUUAUUGUCUCGUUAGUACCUUCGAAUUAAAAACAUUGCUCUAUGAACAAUUCUUUUAGCAAUGAAAUUGCAAGAAAAAUAUAUUAAGAAAAAUAUGUAUAUGUGUAUAUAAUAUAUAUAUAUGUAUAUAUUAACUGCACAAUAUGUAUACAAUAUAAUAAAUUAUUUAAUGUUUUCUCCUGAUUGUACAGUGUAACUUAUAUUUGGCGAUUAAUGUGUCACAUAAAGCUUCGAUGACAUGUAACGUAAUAAAUUUACAAUAAAAUGGGAUGCAGUCGUGAGAAUAUUUGUCAGAUGGAAUGUAAAAUGCCCUACGAACUUUGUCCUUAAAUUAAUAUUCGCGGAUUUUUCGUUAAUUGGAGCGGAUACAUCAGUUUCUGGUCCUAGAUACUUAUCAUAAUGAUCAAUUAAGAUAUCAUUUUAAAUUAUGCUACGUUGUUAUUAAAAUAUUCUACUAUUAUAAAUAGGCCAUGUCGCCUCGUCGGAUGUUUGAUCAGCUAAAACAAAAUUCUGGUAAAGAAAUCUAAAUUAGACGGAUCUUUGCGAAGAAAAAAAAAAAAAUCUUUGAUUCAAACGACAGAAUAACAAAGACAGAUUAGUGUUAAUCUUUCCUCCAUAAAAUAAACGCUGUACAAAAUAUGCUGUUUUAAAAUUCUAUCAAAUUUCACAAAGAUCCAGCUGAGAACAUUCUUGCUCUUGUUGAAUAGAUUCAACAUGACCUAAUAAGUUUUUAUGUACUUACAUAGUUAACAAUAAUCAUUAUAAUUAAAAUAAAUAAGGUUGGCACAACCAUAGUCAUAAAAUUAAAUUACACUAGAUUAAAAGAGCACUCAACGCGAGCCCCGAAUCUUUGAAUCCUUUCUUAAAUAUAAUAAACUCGAGAUAAAUCACCCUUGUCACUCGCGGCAGGAUACGUCGCGUUCCUUACAACAUAAUACAUUAACGAUCACGUUUGACGACUCGCGUUGCUCGCCACUAAACACAGUCACACGAUUCACAGCAUAUAUAUCUUUAAAAGACGAAGCCACUCGUCGGGUAUCACCGAAGCACCACGUUUAAAUACAGAGUUUUCGAGAAGCUUCGACAUUUUAGCGUGAUAAGCAUCCACGCGCCAUUGGAAAGGAGAAUGUUCCUCUGAGGAUUGAUAUCACCGAGUCAAAGAGUCGCCAUUGACAAAUCACAACCAUUCAUUUACAGAUACGCACGUGGUAACUUUCAUUCUCUUUUUUUCUCUAUUACUAUCUAUGCUACCUUAUUCUACGUGACUAUAAAAUACGAAGAGGAAAUCGCGCACGUGAAAAAAGAAAAUCUAGCUAAAAGGAGAAGAA